UGCCCUGACGGGCGUCUUCGCCACUCCUCACUAGAAUUGCAGUUCGAAUGCGGGACCUCUGGUACAGGAAAGUACAUCCAAUGUUCCACCAGUCAGCAAUUUAGCUCUCGAGGCGGAGAAGGAUCAGCCGACUUUAAGCGAUUUAGCAAACAUCAUGAAGCAAGUAUUGGAUAUUCUCCAGGACUCAACAAUUGUGUCGAAGAGUGGAAAGGACGAACGGUCUCGUUUCUGGGGAGUGUACAAAAGAGUCGCGGAGGAACACGACAGCGAAUUCCUCGAGCGAUACACUACCGACAUGGACAUUGUCUUGAUCUUUUCUGGUCUUUUCUCCGCUGUCAGCACGUCUUUCAUUGUUGCGAUGGAGUCCAAUCUCAGUCCCGACCCUAGUGACACCACGAAUGCCCUUUUGAAGCAACUUGUACAGAUCGGACUCGGCAACCUCGCUGAGGCAGGCUCCAAGCCUGCAGACCCAGCAUCUACGUGGUUUCUGACUGCGCCGACCUUAUGGAUUCAAAUGAUCGCAUAUGCGAGUCUGUCCAUGAGCUUGCUUGCUGCAUUCGGUGCUGUGCUGGGAAAGCAGUGGCUCGGGUACUACAAGUCGAAUAGAUAUGGCCGCGGCUCGCAGGAGCAGCAAGGGAAGCGCAGGCAAGAGAAGUUCAACGGCCUCGUCACAUGGUAUUUCGAUGCUGUCGUACAAUCCUUUCCGGUCUUACUUCAGAUAUCUCUUCUUCUCUUUGGGAUCGCUCUUGGCGCCAAAUUGUGGUACGAGCAGGCGAGCAUUGCCUGGGUCAUCAUCGGAACGACGGUCUUCGGAUUUCUGUUUUAUUCCCUGACUGUGAUGGCGUGUCUGAUAUCUACUGCCUGUCCAUUUCAGACACCGACAUCGACGAUAUUAUACGUGUUGCGCAUCGACAGAUUUCUCCACCUGGCAUUCAAACGAGUGUCCUGUUAUUUCCAGUGGCUCAUGAUGUCACUGCAUGCCGUGCUGGAACGAUUGUCUAGUAUCGUUAGAUUGGGAUGGACCCUAUCAUCUGAAGUAUUUAGAGGUCCUGUACCUCCGUUUUCAUACUCUUCAACAAGGUUAUAGACUCAGAGGCGCAACUGCUCGGCCAGUAUCUGGAUGUUUUGGCGGAGAUUCAUCCCACCCUUACCCUCUAUCUCCCUGACAUACCCACAAACGAUCUCGAAGCACCUAGCGUCAAGUGGCUGCUCGAGACAUCUACGGAUCCUCAAGUAUUUA